CAGGCGCAUGCGCCGCGCUGAGGGGAGCGCUCAAAAGCCAGGCGGGUUUGGGGUGAAAAACAUCCGAUUCCGGCAAAAUUACGGUUGUGGAAUAGCAGCGGCUUCCUGGGGAAGCAGUGGGAGUGAGAGGACACCAGUAGGUUCUGAUAAAAGUGGUGGGUUUGUAAAAAAUUACCUGACAAAGCAGCUGGUUGGGAAGCGAAGUGAGGUCUGAGCGCGGCUGAGGGACCGGCGGGUGUGGAGGGAGUUUGCGGGAGCAGGAACAGCAAAACCCAAGAGCUUCUGAAGAGAAAGAAAGACGGCUCCCAAAGGGCCACCGUGGAGCGAGCACUAUCCCACCUGAACGACACCCAAGCACCGGAGGCCAUGGAUCCGCGGCACUGGAGGCAUCUCCAGCUUGGGAACCUUUCCGACUGUCCCAACGGCUCCCGCUGGGUGAUGGAUGUGUUCAAUGAGUGUGCCCAGGACGGCCGGGAUAUCGCCAGUGUCAUCCUGGGUCUGGUUUCCAUCUUCUGCUUUGCAGCUGCCUCUUUCCCGCAGUUUUACCAAGCCUGCAAAACAGGCAUCAUGGACCGGGCUCUCUCCAUAUAUUUCCUGCUGGGAUGGCUGGGCGGAGACCUCCUAAACCUCAUCGGUUCCUUUCUGGCUCAUCAGUUACCCCUGCAGGUAUACACUGCUAUUUACUAUGUGCUCGCAGACCUGGUGAUGUUGGCUCUCUACUGCUACUACAAAGUGAAGAACCGGGGUGGAGGAUUCACUGCCCAGAUCAAUGCAGCCUUCCUCUUCCUUUCCCUGGGGACACUGUCGACCAUCUCCUUUCUGGGCAGAGGUGCUGCCGUGGCACAGGACCCAGUGGUGUUCAAAGGAAGGUCCCUGCUCUCCACUCAUGUGGGUGAGCUGGUGUCAGAGCCUUUCACCAGGAGUGAGAUCAUUGGCUUCACCAUUGGCUCUGUCUCCUCUGUACUGUACCUGUGCUCCCGAGUCCCCCAGAUCUACACAAAUUACAAGAGGAAAUCUACCAUUGGGAUCUCCUACUCCCUCUUUGCCCUGGUGAUGCUGGGGAACUCGCUCUAUGGCCUCAGUGUCCUCCUGAAGAACCCUGAGCCAGGGCAAAGUGAAGGGGACUACGUCCUGCACCACCUCCCCUGGCUGGUGGGCAGCCUGGGUGUCCUUUCCCUCGAUGUGGUUAUCUCCUUCCAGUUCCUUGCUUAUCGGGGAGGAAAACCUGCCACCCAUGAAGAGAGGGGUGCUCUUCUCGGCGAGCAUGGGGACAGCCUGGAGAGCUGACAGAGCGACCUGCUGCAGAAGGAGAAGAGGAGGAUGCAGAUACAAAAGCUGACCCCAGCACUGGCCAAACCAGCUCCUCUACCCUGGCAGCUCUUGGGAGGACUUGAGCCUGCGGGUGAUGUGUUGUGCUGUUAAAGCCCAGCUGGGUGGCAGAGUGUACUGCUGAGAGACCUCGUGCCUCUUUGAUACCAAUGAUGCUAUUGGGAUGAACAGGGAAUAACUUAAUACCUCAAAAGGUUGCUCUUCACAGCUCUUACAGCUGAGCCCAGUCACUUCUCUUUAUCUGCUGCCUCUCUGGGGUGAUCUGGAGCUUCCUCAGUACUGUCAAACAGGAGAAGAGCUUGAGGGGCUAUGGGGAGAGGAUGGAGAUGAGCAACCCACCACAGCCAUGAGCAGUUAGCUGUGUGCCUCAUGUCUCCACUGCCUCUUUCUAGAAGAUACCUCAGUGACUGGACCCAGUUCAGAAGGAGGGAGGGAAGGAGCAGCGUAACCAAAGUGUCUCAUUCUACACAAACCUGUUUGAAUUAGCAUGGCUCAUGUCUAUAAAACAAGUCCUUGUCCAUGUG